ACGUUAAUAUUUAUUUCUAAACGUGACUGUCAGCUGUCAAAACAAAAAAGAUUGUCAAAUGUCAGCACGGAACACGUCAAAAGUCAAAACUCGAAACUCAAAUUUUCGGAUGUUAUAAAAGAGAAAUUCUUUCUAAUAUUAAUUGUUGUUAAGCAAAGUGUGACAAUGGCUACAACACCGUCGUAUAAUAAUGAUAAAGUUGUUACCGGUGAGGUGGAGUAUCCUGCGGGUGAUCCAGCCUCUGGAGCUUUCUUUCAACCGGAUUAUAAAAAAAAUGAAGAUCUGAAAUUGAUGCUGGAUGGAUCAAAAGAUUCUCUCAAAUUGGAAGCUAUGAAGAGGAUCAUCGGAAUGAUUGCUAAAGGAAGGGAUGCUUCGGAUUUAUUUCCAGCAGUAGUAAAGAAUGUGGUGUCAAAGAACAUAGAAGUGAAGAAGUUAGUGUAUGUGUACCUUGUUAGAUAUGCUGAAGAACAACAGGAUCUAGCUCUACUGUCUAUUAGUACUUUCCAAAGAGCUCUAAAGGAUCCGAACCAACUAAUUAGAGCUAGUGCUUUACGUGUCCUAUCUUCUAUUCGAGUACCAAUGAUAGUGCCGAUCGUAAUGUUGGCGAUCAGAGACUCGGCGAGUGACAUGAGUCCGUAUGUGAGGAAGACAGCCGCACACGCUAUACCUAAGUUGUACAGCCUAGAUCCAGAGCAAAAGGAGGAAUUAGUGGCAAUCAUAGAUAAGUUAUUAUCGGACAAAGCACCUUUAGUAGUGGGAUCUGCAGCCAUGGCAUUCUCUGAAGUGUGCGGAGAUAGAAUGAGUCUUAUACAUAGGAGUUACAGAAAACUAUGCGCAUUACUAGCUGAUGUCGACGAGUGGGGUCAACUAGCGUUGCUCAACGUUCUCACAGUGUACGCCAAAACUUGCUUUCCCGAUCCUAAUAAUGAUAACUAUUCAAGCGAGAGUGAAGAAGAGAAACCGUUCUACGAUUCAGACUCAGAUGCAAGUAAUCCAAAAAGGACAUCAUCUUCACCUACUGUAGAUCCUGAUCUAAGGUUGUUGCUUCGAGCUGCAAAGCCACUAUUACAGAGUAGGAAUGCUGGUGUUGUGAUGGCAGUAGCACAACUGUUCUAUCAUUGUGGACCUGUACAAGAACUACCGCCAGUAGCGAAAGCGAUGGUGCGUUUACUUCGAGCUCAUGUGGAAGUGCAGAGUGUUGUUCUGAAUUCUAUCGCUGCACUUACUGUGUCUAAACGGGCGCUUUUCGAACCGUUCCUCAAGUCGUUUUUCGUGCGCAACUCCGACCCCACUCACAUAAAACUGCUAAAACUGGAGAUAUUAACCAACUUGGCAACGGAGGGUACUGCUCCAACGGUAUUAAGAGAAUAUCAGACAUAUGUGACGUCGAAUGAUAGAGCCUUCGUAGCGGCCACUAUACAAGCUAUAGGGAGAUUGGCUGUCGCAAUAAGUACUGAAACGGAGACGUGCUUGAAUGGGUUACUACAUUUGCUUUCGAGUAAAGAUGAGUGGGUGGUAUGCGAAGCAGUGGUAGUGGUUAAAAGAGUGGUGGGUGGUGGCGCUAGUUCCGCGCGUGCUGCUGUAUCUAGAGCCGCUAAACUGCUGCGCUCGGAUCGUCUGGCGGGCAACGCCCGAGCGGCGGCCGUGUGGCUGGUGGCGGAGCACGGGGCGAAGCACCCGCGGGCCGCCGCCAUACUCGCGCACAUGCUCGCUAGCUUCGCCGAACAGGACGAGCUAGUAAAGCUACAGCUUCUUUCUCUAGCCGUAAAGCUUUCAAUAACGCAAUCAGACACACUACCAAUGUGCCGCUACGUGCUAAACCUCGCGCGCUACGACGCGAGCUACGACGUGAGAGAUCGUGCGAGAAUGCUACGAAAGUUUAUUGAACCCGGUGAUAAUUCGUUACUGGCGCAGUAUGCCGCGCAUAUUUUCUGCCCAGACAAGCCAAAACCAACCGUAUUGGCCAGUUUUAAGGAUCGUGAACAGUACACACUGGGGUCGCUAUCCCAAUACAUAGGGGUCGCAGCGAAUUCAUACCGCGCGCUACCCGCCGCCCCCCCACGCUCGCAGCACGCCGACUUGCGCGAGCCGCUUGCGCAAGUGCCGCAGCCUGUGGAUACGCCGAAAAAUAAAACGUUCUACUCGGAGCCGGAAAGCCAUUCAGGGUCUUCGUCUUCAGGCUCGUCAUCUUCCAGUGGUUCUGAAGAGUCGUCUGACGAAGAGGGAGAUAAUGAAAAUGAAAACGACAACGAACAAGAGAAAUCAAAGGAAACUAAUAACUAUAAGUCGAAUUCUGAGACAUCGGACAGUGAGUCAGAUAGUGAGUCGUCCAGUUCUGAAGCGAGUGAGAGUGACAGCAGUGCGGAGGGUACGGACAAACAGACUAAACAGGAACGGAAGCCACAAGACUUACCAAAACAAGAUGCACAAAAGAAAAACGAGAAAUCGAACCUGGAACUCCUGCUAGAGCUGGACGAAGUGGCGAGCACUUUACCGACCAUGACCCCCACGUGUGGGGGCUUUCUGUCACCGCCCACUAAUAAACAUGGCGGUUUUAAUGAUGAGGACACAAUAACCCCCAUAGGGGCUAGCAUAAUCCCCACGCGGGGAACCGAAGUAGUGUCCCGCGUGAUGUCCGGUGGCCUGGCUGUGAGCAGCCACUGGACUCGAACCCCGCACCUCGCGGGGGCCAAGCUGUGCGGGGUCAGGUUGGAGCUGGUGAACCACACCGCUGAUGAUGUACUGGAUCUGAGGGUUGGGAGGAUGUCCCUUUCGGGUGCUCGAAGUAUACACCCGUUCCCAUCGAUCCCGUGCCUCGGUCCGGGGGCCACAACCACUGUGCUGUUGGGUGUAGACUUCGCGGAUUCGAUACAACCCGUCGAGUUCACUAUCGUUAGCUCUUUGGGUGAAGUGUCCGUAGUGCUAACGCCUCCAGUUGGCGAAUUGGUUCGAGCCGUCACAAUGUCGGACACACGCUGGAUCAGCGAGCAAAGGAAAUUACGCGGCAUGACUGAGUGCGACAAAAAGGCGCCAAAAAUGCCAGACGACCUGCUCGUGUGUCAGCGAGUGUUCGAAACAGCGAAUGUCGGUUCCGUCGAUUCUCCGGCUAAUUUCCCCAAAUUUGCCGGUCGCCUCUUAUCAUCUCAAGACUUAGUGCUCAUAUCAGUUAAAAUCCAAAAUGACCAUAACGUGGUCACUGUGAAUUGCCAAAACAUGGCGAUAGCGUCUAUGCUUGCUAACGCAAUCGCUAAUUCUUUUUGUAAAUAAAUAUUCAAAUAUAUGUUAUAAGUAUAUUCCAUUUAUCUAUCGAAUAAAGACUAUAUUGAUCGAAA